UUCAUUUGAAUACGAGCUUAUAUGGCUCAUGCAGUACAGUUAAAUAAUACAACAUAGGCUGCCACAAAAACAUGCAAAGAAACUAAUCUUAAUAUAAUUGCGCGUCGCAAUAAAAAUAGCUUCAUAAAUCAUGAUGUCAGGCACAUCUCACUGUGUCUGAGCUCUCAAACAUGGCAGAUAAGAUAACGCGCGCGUCGGUCGUCAGUCACGCUCAGGCGAUGGACAACUUCGGAUACCGCGAGAUGGGGUGGCCUUCUCCCCUCCAGACGCCCUCCCCGACCUCGCCGACCACGCCCACGAGGUCCCGCUACCGAGCCAGCAGCAUCAGGUCCAGAGCACCCAGAGAACCUGAGGAGUUCCCACUAAAUACUAACUACAAACAUGUCCGCAACAUCGAUUUGUUGGAGUCAGCACGAGAGCCUGGGAAAGCAAAGGAAUAUCUCUUUGUUGGUCCAUCACCACCAGCUGAAGAUGCGCCUAACAUGUACCACAGUUUUGAUGUCCUCGCGCCAGAUCCUGAAGCCAGGCUGACAGAAGACGCAGCACGAAGAAGUUUGUGUGAAAAAGCGUUGACACUGGGAGCUGCCAGAUUUUUUGAUGAUGUCGAAUGUGGAUUGAUUACAACGGAUAAUAUUGAGGAGCAUAUAAGUUCUGCGCCUGAAGUGGUAGUGAAUUUGACAUUGUUGUGGGCCGCGUUAUUAGCUCGAGAUGAGUUAUUACCAGCUAUUUUGGAAGCUGGAGCUGAUAUCCAUUAUUCGGAACCCGCUGGAUUGACAGCGUUACAUCUAGCAGCGUUUAGUGGUGCAGGAAGAGCCGCAGUUUUCUUACUAACCCGCGGUGCUGACGUUGAUUUUGCUCCAAAAUACUUCGCACCCCUCCAUUGUGCUGCAUUUGGUAAUUCACUGGAAGUGGCUGAAUUACUGAUAGCUAACGGUGCUUCACUACACGCUGUCGUGCAAAGAGCUGGCUGUGAAGAUAAUCUAGUGCAUUGUGCAGUACGAGCUGAUGCUGUCGAAUGUAUGGAACUCUUCAUAGAGAGAGGUGUAGACCCUGCGUAUGUUACAUCAGGAGGAUUAAAUGCUUUACAUCUUGCCGCUGAACUGGGUGCUCAAAGAUGUCUAUCAUUUUUGCUGAAAGAAACAAAAAUAAGUGUGAACGGUGUAACUAAACAAAGAGAUAAGGAGUGCACGGCAAUUCAUUUAGCGGCGGCUAGAGGCUACGCCGAGUGUUUAGAGCUUCUGUUAGCAGAAGGUGCAAAAGCAAACACAAAGAAUUACAGAGGAUUCACAGCGUUGCACCUUGCAGCCCGGUGUUCAAGUAUUGAAUGUGUUGAAGUUCUUCUCAGAGAUGGAAAUGCUGAUCCCAACGUUGAGGAUUACGAUAAAAGAACACCAUUGCAUGCAGCCAUCGGUCGUGCCGAGCGAGCCUGUGACAUCAUCGACAUGCUUGUAAGUUGGGGAGCACAGGUAAAUAAAAAAGAUGAAUACGGAUACUCACCGUUACAUCUAGCAGCCAUGGAUAAUUUAACGCAAUGUGUCGAGACUCUUAUAUUUCUUGGUGCUGACGUGACAUCAAAAUCUAAAAAAGGUCACACAGCCUUAAGUGUUAUUGCAAGGAAAACGCCAAAAUCCCUAGCGAUACUAAGACAUAAUUUAGAUUGUGGAAUAUCCCUUAACCAACCAAGUGAAGCCAACGAAGAAGUGCAAAUUGAGUUUGACUUCGGUAGAAUGUUGAAAUUUUCAUAUCCUCGUGAGAUCACAUAUUUGAACAGUUUGAUAGAUGAAGGUCAAAAAGAUAUAUUACUGCAUCCGCUUUGCUCCGCAUUUUUGUUUAUGAAAUGGAGGAAGAUAAGGAAAUUUUAUUUGGCGAGACUCAUAUUUUGUUUUCUUUUUGUGUCAUUUUUGUCUAUUUAUGUGUUGACUGCUGUCGUCAAGACGUGCAAGGGAAAGUAUGCAGAAAAAUAUGGUGUUCUUAAUGAGCUUUGUCAGAAACAGUCGCUAUUAGGUCUCAUACUCACUAACAAUCCCAUAGAAUUUGAAAGGUGGGUUUUAAUGGCCAUCACAGCAUUUGAGAUCCUUCGAAAAUUAACUGGCAUAACGGGAUAUUCGAGUUUCUAUCAGUACUUCACAACUUUCGAGAAUUUGAUGGAAUGGUUUGUCUUGCUGUCUGUGUUUUCUCUGUACAAAAUACAUAAUGACUACAGUUGGCAGAACCAUGUUGGGGGGUAUGCAGUCUUAGGAGCCUGGACCAAUUUGAUGCUAAUGAUGGGCCAACUACCCAUGUUCGGUGAUUACGUGGCCAUGUACCAAAAAGUACUGACAGAAUUCUUGAAGCUACUACUGGCAUAUAUUUGCCUUCUCUUAGGAUUUACAAUUUGCUUCUGCGUCGUGUUUCCUAACGAGGAGAUGUUCUCAAAUCCUCUGAUGGGAUUCAUUAGUACAUUAUCCAUGAUGGUCGGUGAAUUGAACCUGAAUAUUCUGAUCAACGACCCAACGAAAGAUGACCCGCCUUUGAUAUUCGAGCUGUCGUCGCAAAUCAUAUUCAUCCUCUUCCUUAUGUUCGUCACUAUUAUUCUUAUGAACUUGCUUGUUGGUAUUGCUGUCCACGACAUUCAAGGCCUUCGCAAAACUGCUGGUCUCUCCAAGUUAGUUCGUCAGACAAAGCUGAUUCUAUUCGUUGAAAUGGGCAUGUUCAGCGCUUGGCUUCCGAAAUGUCUUCACAAGUAUGUAUACAGGACCGCUCUUGUAUCUCCCGAAGCUGGGAAAGUUAUUCUGAGUGUGAAACCACUCAAUCCUCGUGAAAAGCGACUGCCUACUGACAUUAUGAUGGCUGCUUACGAGCUAGCGCAGUUAAACAAAGUGAAGUCAGGCAGAUCUAUAAAGGAGAUUUUGUACAAAAAUAAGUACACAUCGAAAUUGAAGAAUGAGGGUCAGUUUGCUCAGGAUCAUAACUUCAGUUUGGAGAUAAGAGGGAUGCAGGAGAAGAUAGACCAGGCUACUUUUAAUAUGAAGAAGAUAGACCAGGAAAUAAGGCACUUGAAUACUCUGUUGAUGGACCAACAGACUCUUCUCCAUAAUUUCUUCAAGAACACUGAUAUCAUACCUUAUCGGGCUCCUCAUGUGUCUACUCCAGCUUAUUCUCCAGAGUCGCCGAUAUUCUUCUCCAGUAAUACAAGUCAGAGCCAGUAUUCUGAUAAUAUGAAGUAUGAAAAAUGAGUUUGUUGGUAUUUUCCUAAGGGAACAUUGAAGCAGGAAGCUUUUUGCAGGUCUGAUGGGAUGGAAGAAAAUAUUUCAGAUCUGUGCAUGCUUUGAAAAAGCUUAAAAAAGUUAUCCUGAUCAUUGUAAGUUGUGAAAGAAAGUGUAGAUCAAAAUUGUAUUUUUUUAAUGUUUUUGAAAGAAGAGAAAUUGUCAUUUAAAGCCAGGGUAUUUUUUUUGUGAUAGAUUUAAUAUUGUUUUAGACUGUAAUCUCACAUAAUUAAGCGUAGAUGUAAUUUAUUUUUAAUUGACUGCCAGCAUGUGAAACUUUAGGUACUUUUUAAAUAAUAUUUGUUAUUCAUUAGUAGCCAAGCCCGUUGGUUAUAUCAAAAAUAAUAUCUUAUAUACUUUUAUAAAUAUUUUUUUCUAUUUUCUCGAAACGUGCCUGUUAUAUCUUAUCACGGAAACGACAGUUGUCACAUUCUUAAAAUUAAGUAACUUGUUUGGUUAAUUUUGAUGAGAUGAUAAUGUUAAGAUAAAGAAGUAAAUAGUGCCUUAUGUACUUUACAUACAAUUCGUGAUAAAACUAAGGACCGCUGUCAUGUUGGUAUGUCAUUAAAAAUUAUUUUUUUAUA